AUGUUGCGUGAGAAUCCAGCCUUGGAACGCGCCUCAGGCCCGGCAAACUCCGCGCAAUUCAUUAUCGAUGAUCACUCCGAAUCUUGUGUUGGGGUAUUUGAGACCUUCGAAACACCUCCCAUUCAGUCUGGCGCACCGGAUUCGAGCGUAAACUGCGACAGUGACGAUUUCGCGGAUACCUUCGAUCACUUUCGAAUGACAGCUGUCCAUAACAAGGACUCCGAAGAGCGUUAUCCAGACCCGCGUUCAACCGAGCUUGUUCAUUUGCAAAGGCGCCUACUGCCCCUCCAAGUAGAGAACCGAGAGCUGAAAGCGCGUAACAGGUCCCUAGGUCGUUCUCUGAGCGAACACGGUCCAAGUUACAUGGACAUCGAAUGUAAAUAUGACGGUCGAGUCAAUUGGUCGGUUUCUGCAGCGUAA